AUGUUCACCAUUAUUUUAACCUCUUACUUUGUAGGAGAUUCGCUUGAGAUUAAACCAAACACUAAUUUUAAUCGACAGCCUACAUUUAAUCAAGAGAAAUCUGAUACUAAACAUUCAAAUUCGAACAAAGUUGUCAGUCAUAAUGAUGCCAUCUCAAGUGCUUCAGAAGAUAGUUAUUGAAAAUAAUAUAAAACAGAGGAAAUCUUCGGGAAGAAAUACUCGAUUGAGUAUCCAUAACUCUGAUGGGAAAGACUUGCUAAUUAUGUAUAACCAAGAUAACCAGAGGUAUUCAACUCUUGAUAUGAGAGAUAAAACUCUUAUUAUCCUGGAUAAAAAACAUUCAAUUAACAAGAAGUCAUUUGCACCAAGUCCAGAAAGGUCAAUUUUACGAAAUAAAUCGUUAAAUAAAAGGAAGAUUUCCUUACAAAAGAAGCAAGUAUCCCAGCUGCCCAAAGUUGAUCAGGCAAGAGGCUCUCAGACUAAGAAUAAAAAGAGUGCUUAUAAGUCACGAAUGCAAAAUUUUAAAAAGAACAUACAAAAGAAAAAUUUAGAUUUCAGGAAUAUAAGAAAGAGUCUUAAAUUUAAUAAAUCUGUUCACCAUGAAGAAGGAGUUUUGUCAAAAACUAUGUAUCAGACCCCCAGCCGUAAAAAGAAAAUAUCUCUUUGAAAGACUAAUGGUAAAGUUCAGAGGAUCAAAAACCUGGCGUCUACUAAUUGUACACCCAAGAAGAAACUUUUCGGGACUACAGGGAAGAAAUAAUCCUAAAAAUAGAGAUAACUUUGGACUACCAAAUAUUAAUGAAGGGUCAAAUUUAAGAGCUUGGUUUGACCUAAUGUUCCCCUUCUGAGUUGCCCAUUCAUUUGGAGGUUGUAAUAACUGUAACCAUGCAUCAAGAGGCUGAGGGUCGAGCCUAUCUACAUUCGGGAAGAAAAGUAACAAGAAAGGGUUCAUAUCAGAAAAGGGAAGAGCCAUGGAAAAUGCUGAGAAAAUUAGAGUUCUUGAGUCUCAAAUUGGGCAUCAUAUGCGAACCUCAUCAUUCCCUUUGAAUCGUAAUGAAGUUUCUCAAUAUGAGAAAGAUCAUAGUAAUAUGAAUAAAAGCAUCGAUCCAAAAGAAGAUGAAAAGCUUAUACAAAAUUGUCAUCAACCAAGGAUCCCAGGAUUGAAUUAUUUAAGAGGAACAACUGCAAAAUUUAUUGACCCUUGAGAGAACUCAGAGCCAGAAAAUAAUGAUACUGAAAAAGAUAGCGUUGAGAUCAAGAUGAAUAUAAGCGAGGGAUUGUCUCCUCUCCCAAAUAAAUGUGAAAAUCCAAGAUUUAAGACAUAUGAUAGCAUUUAAAGAACAGAAAUUUAGAGUAUUUCCAAAGAAUACUUUUGCUCCAAAUAAUUUUCCAAAAGUUGAAAUUGGAAAGCUCAAUGAUAUACAAAAAUCAAAAACCACAGUGAAGAAGGAUAGCCCUGAAAAGUCUCCUGGGUUUUCAGAUAUCAAAUUAAGGGUGACAGAUGAAGCAGAUAACAGAACUAUUGAAAACAACUAUAACUUGGAGGAGCAUCUAGAACAGAGCAAGGAAGAAAAGGAAACGUCUACCUUAAAAGUAUCAGAGUCUUUUAGUUCUUCCUCAGAUUUUAUGUCUUGAGGUUUUACAACCACAACAGGGCUUAAUCUGACUAAGAAAAAAAUUUUGAAGAGUGAUACCUCUGAACAAGAGCAGAAUGCCCCCAAAGCAAGCUUAAGACCACAAGACACUUUUAACCACCGGAGAGAUAGAAUUAGUUCACUUGAUGUAAAAAGAUCAGAAAGAGAUAAAAUUGAAGAGGAGAAGGAUGAGAGAAGUUUGUUUGCAAACAAAGCCAGGCAUCCUGACGGAAUUAAUCUAGCUCAGGGAAUAUUAAACAAACCAUUUGCCUAUCUCCAGAAUAACUUUAAAGACAAAGACUCUAAUGAUAGCAUUGAAAUUAAGAAUACCCGGGAAACAUUACUCAACAAACACAAUGAGAAUGAGAUCAAAGAACAGAGAGAAGGAACUUCUGAAAAUACCCAAAAAGUUGAAGAUAUAGAUAGCGAAGAGACAGUCACCAACGAAAAGCUAUUUGCAGCAAGAAAAGAUGAAAAGAGGAUCAAAUUUCGGCCAGAAAAAUGACUUAGCCCUCGCUCAUAUCUCAUCAUGAAGUGAGUGGAAGCGAGACAUGAUGAUGAACUACCAUAACUCUACAAAUAAUA